GCUGUCUUGAUUGACAUGGAAGAAGGGGUAGUAAAUGAAAUUCUCCAGGGACCUCUGAGAGAUGUAUUUGAUAGCAAACAGCUCAUCACUGAUAUUUCGGGCUCAGGAAAUAAUUGGGCUGUGGGUCACAAAGUAUUUGGCAGUCUUUACCGAGAACAGAUUUUAGAGAAACUCAGAAAGUCUGCAGAACACUGUGAUUGCUUGCAGUGUUUCUUUAUAUUGCACUCCAUGGGAGGAGGAACAGGAUCUGGUCUUGGAACAUUUCUUUUAAAGGUGCUUGAAGAUGAAUUCCCAGAAGUAUACAGAUUUGUGACUUCAGUUUACCCUUCCAGUGAGGAUGAUGUCAUAACCUCCCCAUAUAAUAGCCUUUUGGCAGUGAAGGAACUUAAUGAGCAUGCGGACUGUGUGUUGCCCAUCGACAACCAACUCUGCACGGUUUGAAGGGUCUCUUAAUAUGGACCUUAAUGAAAUCAGUAUGAAUUUAGUUCCAUUUCCUCAACUUCAUUAUCUUGUGUCAAGCCUAACACCUUUAUAUACACUGGCAGAUGUUAACAUUCCUCCUCGGAGGUUGGAUCUGAUGUUUUCAGAUGCCUUUAGUAAAGAUCACCAGCUAAUUCAAGCAGACCCGAAACACAGUCUCUAUCUCGCCUGUGCCCUCAUGGUUCGAGGAAAUGUACAGAUUUCAGAUCUUCGCAGAAAUAUUGAAAGAUUAAAGCCUUCUCUGCAGUUUGUCUCCUGGAAUCAAGAAGGCUGGAAGACCAGCCUGUGUUCAGUACCUCCUGUGGGACACUCCCACUCAUUAUUAGCUUUGGCAAAUAACACAUGUGUGAAGCCUACUUUCAUUGAGCUGAGAGAGAGGUUCAUGAGGCUCUACAAGAAAAAGGCUCACCUCCACCACUAUCUACAAGUUGAAGGGAUGGAGGAAAGCUGUUUCACGGAAGCUGUGUCAUCAUUGUCAGCACUCAUCGAGGAGUACGACCAGCUGGAUGCCACAAAGAGCCUGCCUGUGGAGGAUGUACAGAGGCUAAGCAUAGCUGUGUGAGAAGGAAACCUAAAAACAUAACUGUCACUUUUCCUAACUUCAUGUUGUUUUUCAUCACCUGUUUCAGCUUGUUUGUGAUUCGGGAAAUACUUUGUCUAAAGAAGACUGUUUUCUACUUAAUCACAAUUUAUUUAUGAUACCAAUGUGUGAAAUUAGUGAAGCCCGUACUUCAGGCAAUUUGAGAACAUUGAGAGAAUGGAGUUCUUGAACAGACUGCUUUAUUUAGAAAUAAAUAAUUUAGACCUUUAUACACUGAUAAUAAAAAUCUUGUACAGAUAUAUUUUUAUAUUGAUAUUUAAUUUAUAUUUUGAUAUUCUGCUUAAAUUCUCCUGAUAUUUAAAAGUAGGUACUAGGCGUAGAAUAACACAAUAGUAAUAUUUCCAUGUAAUAGCCGCUAACUUUUCAGGGAUAGGUUUUAUUACAACUGUUAAGGAGAUUUUGUUUUUCUUGAGUAACAACUUUUAUACUCAGAAGAAUCACAGUUUAGACAUUUAACAUGUAUUUAUAUGAAAUUGUUUUAAAUAAUAGGCUUUUAAGCCAGCUGAUUUUAUAAUGUCCAUGUUUUUAAACAGUGCUACUUGUUAUUGUUGUGCACAUCACCAUUUUUAAGUGAGCAAAACAUUACAAAGCUUACACUCUCUUCCAGCUUUUGUGGUAAAUGGUUGUAAUAGUCUAGUGAAAUUGUUCCACUUACUGUAACCUCCAAUUUGAGUUAGCAUUAAUUUACUUUAAUAACAAUUUAGAUUUCCAAUAAAUAGGUUGAUUUAUCAUAUAAGGAAGUAAUUUUUAGGAACAAUUUUUUUUUCAAGCCAAAAUAAUCUGUUGUAUGCUUGCUUGCUUUCUUUUUCUUUUUUUUGUUUUUUCUGGUACCAGAAAUCGAACUCAAGCAAGACCUUGCUCUUGCCAGGCAGGCACAGCACCACUGAGCUACCUCCCCAGCCCUGUUGUUUGCUUUCUUUAGGAUUUGACUUUUAAGUGUUUUUCCUUUGCAAGGUAUUAGUUUUGUUCUUGGUCCUUAUCUUGGAAAUUUAGUUUUUUAAAGUAUUUGGUGUAAAAACUUUCAGAUUAUAUCUGUUAACAGUAGCCAGAAUAAUUCCAUUUUCUUUUCUCCCUAAAGAAAUCAUAACUAAUGUUUAGGAUUGGGCAAUGAAAACUAUAAGUACAUUUAUAGUGUAAUAUUAUUUCUAUUCAAGAAUUCAUCUGGACUCUUUUUAGCCCUGUAGUGAUUGUCCUCUGAUAGCCUAGGCUACAUUGCCAGGCACAGAUUAAAGCUUAAAAAUUUAGUAAGUGUUUUUAAACAUAUUGACAAAGUUUUCUCAGUUGUUUUGUAAAAUAAAAUAUUUUCCUGUAAAUAAUAAAACUUUUUCAUUGUAUUGAA